AUGUUUGAACCUGUCAGAUGGGCAGCAAAGUAUGGCUGGCGAUCUUUUUCUCCUCUGGAAGUGCAUGUGUCCUUCCUCUUCUGGGUUGAAAUCGGCAAACGUAUGGGCAUCAAAGACAUACCCAACUCUGUCGAAGAAUUCCAGCAUUGGGAAAAGGAUUACGAAGACAACUAUAUGGUUCCAGCACGAACGAAUGUCGAAACUGGCAUGUGGACUGUUGAUGGAUUCUUCUUGGUCCCGGAGGCUUUUGGUAUCAAAAACCUUUUCAGGAAGGGUUUCUUUACUAUUACUGAGGAUCGUAUCCGUGUUGCUAUGAUGCAACCUGAACAACCCAAAUGGAUUUUUACUCUUUUCGACUCCGCCUUGCGCUUCAUGGCCUGUUACGCUCGAUACCUCCGGUUACCUGCUACCUCAGCAUAUUACAGCCAGGUUCAAGCCAAACUUCCGCAAUUUACGGACGGAGACGAGCCAGUGAUGACACCCUGCUUCUUCAUGUCUAAACCGUGGUAUAAACCCAAGUCUAGUUAUCUUUGGGAUUGGUUGAUGGUUAAGAUUGGGAUUCACGAUUCUAUGCCGGGGUCCGCGUUGAGAUCUGAGGGUUAUCGGUUGGAUACGAUCGGUCCUUCGAAGUACGAACGAGAUGGUCAAGAAGAGAUAUUCCAGAUGGCUGAGAAGAUGCUUGGGUGCCCUAUCGAGGGAGCGUGGAGGACGCCGUUGGAAGAGCUGGAUCGACUGAACAGUAAGAAGAUCAAGCAUUAA